AUGGAAAAUGAACUGAAUGCAUCUACUGCUUACCCAAAUGCAACAGAGUCUUAUUUACAGCCUUAUUUGGAGCCGAUCGCUCUCAAGAUAUUUCGCUUUGUAAUAUACGCUGUAAUCAUCGUUUUCGCCUUGGUGGGCAAUGUCGCCGUGUGUAUUAUUUCAAGUCGUACUCGUCGCCUUCAGACCAGCACGUAUUGUUUAGUUAUGAACUUGGCCAUUUCCGACAUCGGAUCUGUGCUUUGUCUCCCAUUCUUGUUACCUGAACUCUUUAUUGGAAACUGGCUGAUGGGAGAAGCUAUGUGCAAAUUGCUGAAACCCAGUGUUGUGGUGUUUAACUUUGUAACAACGAACACGUUGGUGGCCAUAGCGUGUGAUCGAUUUCGUGCCGUGGUGUUCCCGUUCGUUAUGCGACCAUCAAAAUCAGAAACACGCUUGAUCAUCGCACUGCUGUGGCUUAUUGCCUUUUUGUUCUCUUUGCCUUCGUAUGGUGCUAUGACCGUCCUGGAUUUUCCAGAUAGUCCUGGCAUUUACUACUGUUUGGAUGUUUUCUCAGAUAACUUUGACAAAGAUACUUUCUAUCGUCGUAUUUACACAAUAACAAUGUACGCCGUGAAUGUUCUUCUUCCAGUACUUGCCAUCUCGGGACUGUAUCUAAAAAUCGCAGCCACUUUAAAACAUUUUCGCCUCAUACCAGUGGCACUGAGACCCAAUCGUUCGUGCUCACUCAACACCACGCCCAAUUCGAGUCCGCGCUCCUCAAUAGUAAAUACCAACAAGCUGAACAUGAAUCCCGCGGGUGCAAUAAAGAGACAGAUGAUGGAGAGGAGAUUUCUCAAGAUGUUGAUGACUGUGCUUCUUGUUUACGUACUGUGUUACAUUCCUUUCCAAACGUUGUACCUCGUUUACGAGUUUAAUCCGGAUCUGGCAUAUCUAAGCUACCUACAGCCACUUUCGGAAUUUUUAUACUUGAUUGUGUGGCUUCCGAACGCUCUGAAUCCAAUUUGCUACGGUUGUUUAAACGAACAGUACAAGAGAGCUUUUAAAGCGUUGAUAUCUAAACCUCGAAAAUACUUUCAGUCAUUCAGAUCGCGGCGGACUUUAUCAACAAGAACUAAGACCUUGGCUGGAGUUAAAAUUCGGUGAAGUGCUGUAGUUAAGGGGGGGGGGGUUAGAAAGAAAGAUAAUAUAUCUAUUUGAAAAACAUGAAAAUGCAUAACUCCGUACAUUAUCAGCAUUCCCUGUGAGAAUGCUCCUUCAUAUUAAAAAUAUACAACGUUCUUCAGUUACCCUGUGGCUUUCUGUCCAAUGCAUAUCACCAUAAUUACGAUGGCAACAACUUGAAACUGGUUGUCAACCAAGUGACACCCUGGCACUUGCAAAAACAACACUUCAAAUUACCCAAGAUUCAUAAUUUAGGAAGAGAAAGUCAGCCAAAAGGAAAAUAUUGUUUAUGGUUGUAAUCUGUAUUUAUUAACGUUAGAAUGCUACAGUAGCUCGAAUAUUUAUAGUUAUUGUGGUGUGAUAAAAACAAAGUUAUUGUACAAAGAAAAUAUAUCUUACCUGGGUGCAUGUACGUACAUAAAGAUUUGUUACUGUAUGUAGAGGUGGCAUUGUGAUUAUCAUAGCGAUAAGAGGAAGUGCAUUUGGUUUGUCUCCACACUGAAAAUAAAGAAAUUUGAAGCUGUACACGACAAGAGUUUUGAACCGGGAAUCAAGCGUGAUUAUUUUGAGUGGUCGUGUUUACAUUGAAACCUGUAUCAAUCCUCUUAAUACUAACAGUGAGUAUUGCAUCUAAUUUCCCCGUACUGCGCCCCUCCUGCAUCCAACAUUAACGUCAUGAAGAAAAAAAAAAAGGAAAUUUAAAAUGAUCGUCUACCUGAAGAAGUUCUUGACUGUAAGACAAAUUCUCCCUGUCGGUACCAUAUAAAAUGUAUGAAGAAUGCUAUGGAGAAUAUCCAUUUUGAUGUUAGGGUGUAAAGGUUAUGAAGGCAGGGAUGGCGCAGUGCUUCCUUAUCCUGGUGACUGACUACGGUCUGGGCGCAAUUCACGGAACUGACGUCACACGUGGGCUGAGUUCGUAGUUCCUUGUUCCAAGGGUUUUCGCUGGGCUCUACAGUUAUCUUCUCUCCAAAAGAACUAACCCUUUAAAUUUCAAUUCCAUGCACCAGGAAUAAAGUGGACGAAAGCUAACCCGAGGAAGUUUCACUGCUGAAUUCAAUUUUUUUUUGUUUUAUCUAUUCACUAAGCGGACAACCUUGCGUCCUUACUAAAUCCAGGGUUUACUAGAAUGCCUAAUUGUGACAAGUCCAGUAUUUUUGUGAGUAUUCAUCAUUGAAUAGUAAUUCUUUCUACCUUUCUCGAGGAAAGUGUUUCGCCGAGAUGUAGUUUGCAAGGUGAAGAGUUUAUUAAAACAUACGAAACAGUCGCACCCUUGUCUUCUCUUUGAAUUGCGGUACAUAACUAUGCACAUGAGCUAUUAAAGUUUGACUCUAAAUUGCUGACAGACAAAGACCUAAAAUGACAGGAAAUCUAUUCUAGGAAUACCGAACAUUUUUUUACGAAAGUAAUUAGUGGUUUUCUGUUCCUCGGAAACAGACAAGUGUUCAGCGAUUUUCAGAUCUUUUUAAUAAACGCUGUAACCUGUCUCACUGAGAAUCGAUUCAUCCAUUCCUGUGAAAACUCACCUUACUUGUGUUCGUAAGUUUCACUCUUAUCAAGUUAGGUUCGUUGGGCCUUUAACAUAUAUCUAAAUGCAUAAAUAAUACGCAUGCAUGGCCAUACAUUUUGAUUAAUAAUUCUUAUUUGACCUAGAACGAGAAAUCGGGCAUAAUUUGUUAUUGGAGGUGGUCGCAUCUUAAAGCGCAAAGUGAAAAGGUGAAGAACUCAUCCAGGAAAUCAGGAAGCCUAGGAGACUACACGUUCAACUUGCAGAAAGCAAAUUGUGAGUAGAAGGUGUUGAAGUUGUUUAGUUUUCAUCAUGAAGAUUUCACUAAUUAUGGUUGUUGCUUUGUGUGUUGCCACUGAUGGACGUUUGUAGUUAGAAAAACGAUGAUCGUCAACUCUGAGAUCUUGUAGUGUUAUUGUUCGGCUUGGAGACCUACUGAAAAGCACCACUGUCGAUGGAAGUGACUGAAGUUAAAACAACAUAAGCAAACGUUAACACCACACAACACUAAUGAGCGACUAUUCGUCACGAGCUCGGGCCAUUUAUGAUAACAACCUUUGAAAUGUUACACUUCAAUAGUUCGAGUUCUAAUCGAUCAUUUUGGUUGUUAUUUGCCACACAUCAGCUUUCAGUGUAUUGUAGUAAGCAGGAUUAUCUUUCUAAAGAAAAAAACAACAAAAAACAGAACAAAGACUAUGCAAAAACAAUUUAUCCUCUUCAUCUAUUAAACUAUCACAUGUCGACUUGAGGUGCUAAAUAUAGAAAGGUUGUUUCGGGUCUGAUUCCUUUCUUUUGCCGUCAGACGCAGUUCGAUUUUCCUCUAUGAAAUUUUUAGUUUUCAAGUGUGAUUUGGCUUCUUCUGGCCGAUUUGAAAAGACAGAAAUUAAAUCUAGUCUUAAAUACUAAGUCGUUGAUUCGCUGUUUCCACUCGAAUUGCUUUUUAUCAACAGACGGAUCAAUGUCAGUGUCAAUUGACAGAAUUUGAAAUUGUGCUGCCAAAAGCGACGAGUAUUUGCAUAAAAGGUGAAAAUAAACAGGCGGAGAAGUUUUGAUGUAGACGAAUAUGUUCUUUUCAGAUUUUAAUUAAAUAAUGUCCAACGUUUAUGUGUAAGUCACGCAUCAGGAGUGUCUUAAAGUAAUACAUAGCCUGGGUCGAAUAAUAAAAUACUGCAUCGGCAGUGGGAUUAAGGUGGCUCCAAAUGAAAUGUUGAUUUAAUUUUUUUAAGCAUAAAUUCUUUGACUGAUCAACAGUGGUUUGCCUUUUUUCCUUGAGGAAAGUGCAGUUUUAGUACUUGUAAAGUUUUUUUGACAUCAUAGGUUGUCAUAGUAACAUUGUGGCCUCCUAAUGAAAUACACCCUCGUUACUUUCGUCAUAUCCAGCGCCUUUUCCGAUUGACGCCCCCCUUGAAGUUGGCUGCCACUCUGAGCAACUAAAAGUUGUGCGGAAUGUUCGAAGUGAAUAAAAUUUUUCCAAAUAUCAAAAUAUGCUGGACGUUAACAAAAAAAACUUUCUAUUCAUUUUCGCAGUAUAGUACCGCCUUUGAACCCUGUAACCCUGUCAGAGACGACUGAUCCCCUCUCUGUUUCCCCCUGAAAAUCCCUCCCCCCCCUCACCCCAUGCUCCAAGAUGAUAAAUGAAUCAUAAUUGCUCCCUAAUGACGAAAAUGAAUGGUAUCCCCUCCCCCUCUGCUCCAAGAUGAUAGAUGAAUCAACUGCUCGUUAAUGAUAGAAAAUCUGGAAUCGUCUGUGAAUGAGAAACAUUUCUGCAAUGUAUCAAGUUCGCUCCUAUGAUCUCAUAAUGCGCACUUAUACUUCGUAAUAACAUUAAAUGUAACAAAACUCCAGCACCUUCAGAUUUGUCCCUACGAAGAAAAUACUCGCGCUCGAGCUCUGCAGUUUCUCAUCCUUCUGAAAUCGGUAAGUGUAUGUCAAAUCAGUAGGUAUUGCUGUUAAAAUUCUCAGCGUCUUUCGUGAUCAUAUCUAAGAUGGAUAGCGAAUGCGAAAUAUCUUUCUUGUUCCCUUGAUGGCUUUAUCGCCGGUCUCAUACCCUUCAAGUUUCGAUAGCAUAUAACUUGUACCUCCAGGGCACUUGAACAAGCUUUUGUCUUUACAAUCAAAUUCCAACAAUAACUAUUGACAAAUGAUAGCAGGUAAUUUAGUGUUAACAACUGGGUUGAAAACGUAAAAAAGCUGACGUUUCGAGCGUUAGCCCUUCGCCAAUCGCUCUGACGAAGGGCUAACGCUCGAAACGUCAGCUUUUUUACCCUUUACGGUGGCUAAUUUGCGUUUUCAACCCAGUUGUUAACACUAAAUUACCUGCUAUACCCUCCCACCGACGCAGCACCACAGUUUCUUUAGAAACUUACCCCUUUAUUCAUUUGACAAAUGAUAGAUUACUUCGAAUGUUUAAUGCUAGAAAGAGAGAAAGGAUUCCAAUAACAACCUAUGUAAUCUGAUCGUUAUCUGUCUCUCUCAGGAUACAACACAACAUGUUCUUUUUCUUGUCACAUUUAAUUCCCUUAAGUAGGACUCAACAUAGAGAAUAUGAUGUUUGUGACAGGCAUAAAACACGGUAAAUUAGCGGGUUAACAUGGCGACGACAAAUGGCGAUGCUCCAUCUUUACAUUUGCUAUCGAAGCGGCAGUAAGUAAGAGAGAGAGAGAGAAAGAUAGUUGCGCAAGAGAAGGAACUCUCCUCUCUUUUCCUCGGCUCUGUAGAGAGGCUUUUUUUUUUUCCUUUUUUUUUUUUUUUUGCACUCACCGAUUAUCCAGAGUACCCUGGAGGGGAGUGUCAACGGCGCCGUUCACAACUCUCUUACCUAGAGUAGUUAUUAUGCCCAUUCUCGCGAGAUAAACUAGGAUGACCUCCCUUAAAUUUGGGGUUCUCAAAAAUAGUCGUUAAAACCUAUGGUCAAAAAUUUUAAAUACCUUUAAGAUUUACCCCCAACUGAGGGAAACGACCCACUUAACUUAGCAAGUGAUGAUAGUUUCUACCCUUGUUUUUAGGCGAGACUUAAAAGAUAGUCGGAACGUAUGCUAAAGAAGAAUUUGUGGAGCGAAAUUUUGCCCCCUGAGAAGUUAAACCAUCACAAACUGUGUUGAUGUGAAUAUUUUUUAGUUGUCAACGGGCAGCUUCGAUCUUCUUUUUCUUCGGUGAAAUCAAACACCAGCGGCCGUCAUAUUUUUCAAGUAUUCCGGGCUCAAUCGGGGCUACUCGAAAGGACGCAAAUAUGGCAUCCCCAUCAAAAUUAUUGUUUGACUUUUUGGCAAGUAACUCAUCGGCCUAAAAAUGGUCUGAUUUGAAACGUUUACUCCGAUAUAUAGAGAAUAAUAUAUGGGCGCGCGUGUAUAUAGAAUUUCUCUUCGAGUGUUCAACUAGAAGGGAAAUUCGUAUUUCAGUUUCACUGAAGUGUGUUGUUACGGCUUUUCUCAGAGCUAGAAAUCCUUGUAUAACACUGUUGUUUAUAUGAGAAAAUGUUUUAUUUCUCGGUGUCGUGACAGUAGGAGCCAUGUGACCGACAGCGCGGCUAAAACUUUAGAACGGCUAUCACAAUCGAGGGACUGCUUUACAUAUGAUUAAACGACGUUUAUCGAUAGCAUGCAUGAUAACCCUCUACUUGACACGAAAAGGUCACUAUUAUUUAUCUGUUCCUAGCAAAGAAAAAGCAGAGGGCGGCUGACAGAUGGCUCAAUCUCCAGUCCAUUUCGUGAGCUAAGCGUAAUAAAUAAACGGCUCCGUUCCCUUGGCCGCGGUUAUUUUGCUCCCCUGUGGAAAAGCUUACUUGAAGUCUGCCUUAACAAAGAAAAGCUGUCAGAAUAAGGACACCACAGUGGACAAAUUAAUAUUUACCGCAACUGCGACGCGAGAGAGAAUAAAGAAGCUUUUUAAAAAACUUACGACUAGAAAAAAGAAAAAAAAAAUGAAUGGCUGUAAAUAAAUCGGGUGGUUAUGAAACACAACAUUGGUGGUGUUCCUUGAAAAUUUAUAUACGCUAUAAGCGGUUAUUAUGAAAGAAGUGAGUAAAGAGUAAUUUAUUACUUCAUUUUAUGAGACUCGAUUAGUUUGAGUCUAUUCAUGGCAGAAUUUUUUGGUCAGUGAAAUUAUUGAAAAAGCAACUUAUCUACACUGGUAAACAGAGUGAAGAUUCGCUUUUCCUUGGGUGUUGUACAGAAAAUCCAGAGCAUGAUUUUUGAUAUGCAAUCUCAUCUCAUAGAGAGACUCAUUACAUUUAUGGAGUAGACAACUUCGAGUUAAAAAACUAGCUGGACUCUUCGCAUAAUUUGCCUUCAUUUAUAGAUACAUGUUUGUGUGUGCAAUUUUAACCAACUCGUUGUACAAAAAAAAAACCCUCAAGUGUGUUAUUGUUCACCUGUUUUUCAGUUACAUUCGUUCGAAAGCAAGUUUGAGAAGAACAGCGGGGACUGAGGUCAAAAUGUAUGAUGGCGGAACCCCUACAAAUGUGUCUAUUGCCGCUGAUGAUAAUUCUACCGGUUUACCAGAGAUUGAUUCAACCUUUUAUUUGGAGCCGAUCGCUCUCAAGAUAUUUCGCUUUGUAAUAUACGCUGUAAUCAUCGUUUUCGCCUUGGUGGGAAAUGUAGCCGUGUGUAUUAUUUCAAGUCGUACUCGUCGCCUUCAGACCAGCACGUAUUGUUUAGUUAUGAACUUGGCCAUUUCCGACAUCGGAUCUGUGCUUUGUCUCCCAUUCUUGUUACCUGAACUCUUUAUUGGAAACUGGCUGAUGGGAGAAGCUAUGUGCAAACUACUUAAACCCAGUGUUGUGGUGUUUAACUUUGUAACAACGAACACGUUGGUGGCCAUAGCAUGUGAUCGUUUUCGCGCCGUGGUGUUCCCGUUCGUAACGCGACCAUCAAAGUCAGAGACACGCUUGAUCAUUUCACUUCUUUGGCUUAUUGCCUUUUUGUUCUCUUUGCCUAUGUAUGGUGCAGAGACUGUUAUAGUUUUUCCAAAUAGCUCUGACAUCUAUUACUGUUUGGAUGUUUUCUCAGACAACGUGGACAAAGACACUCUCUAUCGUCGCAUUUACACAAUUACGAUGUAUGCUGUACAAGCUCUUCUUCCUGUGAUUGUCAUCUCGGCGUUGUAUCUAAAGAUCACAGCCACCUUAAAGAAUAUACAUCUUGUUCCUAUAGCACUACGACGCAGUCGCUCUUGUUCACUUAACUCUACGCCCAACAUAAGUCCGCAUUCAUCCAUCUUAAAUUUAAACAAACUGAACAUGAAUCCUGCAGGCGCACAGCGGCGACAGAUGUUGGAAAAGAAGUUUCUUAGGAUGUUGCUAACCGUGCUUAUUGUUUACGUGCUAUGUUAUCUUCCGUUUCAAACGCUGUACCUUGUUUACGAAUUUAAUCCAGACUUGGACAACCUGAAAUUCAUGCAACCACUGUCGGAGUACCUUUACAUGAUAGUGUGGCUGCCAAAUGCCAUAAAUCCGGUUUGCUAUGGAUUUUUAAACGAGCAGUACAAACGCGCUUUUAAGGCACUGAUAUUAAGACCUCGUUCAUUCUUUCAGUCUGUCAGAUUACGGCGCAGGCUUUCCAAAACUGUCAUCGCCGAAGUGCAGUUGAAAGAUAUUGCAGCAUAG